CCUACUCUUACGGCACGCGGAACGUCUUCCCCUGCUUCCAGAGGUAGUCCAGGUUCCGCCGCUUGACGCGCUUCUUGCCCUUCGUCAGCCACGCCUUCUGCAACACCGUGAUGGACUUCACCAAAGGUGAAUACAAGGGCACGUGCCGGCGCAUCGGCGUGCCCAUCACUCGACAAAACAAUUGGACCGACGAGUCCGCGCCCCGAUUGCGCCUUCCUAACACCAGGCCCUUGACCUUUUGGGGUUUUGGCGCGUCCACGUCCACGAGGAUCUCCAUCUCGAUCGCGUCUCCCGCUUUAAAAUCGGGCCACGGCCUAUGGACCUUCGCGAGCGCCUCCUUUUGGAGUUGGCCUAGCAAUGCGGAGGCCUUGCGCGCGGGCGGCCGCGUGUCCAUGGUCGACGCGCAGGCGCGCUGUGGCCGCGUGGCCGCGCGCGGCGUAGCCGUCGCGGCUGCGCGACGCAGCAGAGGUGCUGCGCGGCGCAGGAGCAUGGUGCGCAGCGAUGUCUCAGCUUCCGUUGUUAUGAAUCGAACAAAUGCUACACACACAGAGCUGCUAGCUCGCCGCGAGCUGCCGCGUACGAUGCUCAAAUGCGGCCAAAACAGCUCGCUAGCGGCAGUAAGACACUAG